CGGAGUCGCUCGCCGUAUUCAUUAUCCCCCAUAACUGACUGCGUGGCAGUACGAACAACUUCGCUCGCUCCCUCCCCACCCCACGUUCCGAUCCCCCUCGUGGACACCUACAUACCGCUAAAUGAGCUCUUCGGGGUCGUCGUCAAUCGCAGACAAUGGCAGUUCGUCAUCGGACUCGAUGUCGUUAAUCAUCGCCCUCUCUGUGGCAGCGGCGCUGCUGCUCGCGCUCGGGGGUUGGUGGAUGCUGCGUCGCCGAAGACUCAAGCGCCUGAACGGACCUCGAGACAGCCACAGCCACAGCCAGAGCACCGAGUACGUGGACUGCGUGCUGACGCCCGACCUCAUGGCCAUCGUCGCGGACGGCAGUCGACGAACUUCCAGCGCCGGGGGCUUCGGCGGUCGGUGGUUCCAGCACCUGCCGCGCAUUUCGAGCGUGCCGUCGAUGGAGAUAUUCGACCACCUCAGCACCGGCGGUGGUGGUGCUCUGACCCCGAUUCGGCAUUCAAACAGUGCUGCGACGACGAUGACCGCCACGGGAUCGACGCCCGUGGCCAGCGGCUCGCAGUAUCGCUGGCUGGAGAAGUGCGACUACGGUGACGAGCUGGCGUGCAACGCGCUGACACUGGAACAGAAUCGGCUGCCCCCGCAAUGCGUCGUCGACGGCGAGUUGCUCCACGAAGGCAGCUUCACAUUGACGUUCCGAGCCACGCUGAGGAUCGAGGGCCAAGCCAGUCGCCAAGUGGUUGUGAGAAGACUGUUACCGGAGCUGUCCGAGCAGCAGUCCUAUCGCCAGGCGUUCAUGGCCGACAUUUCGCUCAGCGCCUCGCUCCUUCACCCGCGAAUCGUGGCGUUCAUUGGCUUCUUCGACCCGUCCCAGUGGGUCCACGACAUCGACUCGCCCACCUCGUCCUCUCACAUGGUAAGGCAGGCAUCGCAGCCGUCCGCGGUGACGGAGUACAUGGCCAACGGAAACCUACGCACGCUAUUGACGCUGCGGCCUCGCAACGCUCACGACUUCGGGUGGUUCCAUUCGCUGUCGGUACCGAAGACAAAGGCUCACCUCGCGCUGGACGUGGUGGAUGCGUUGGUGUAUCUGCACUCCCGACCAGCAGGCGUAGGCUCAGCACUGCAUCCUCCGCAGCUCAAAGCUCAGUGUGUAUUGCUGUCUGAGUCUUGUGAGGCCAAGCUCUGUGCGUUUGGUGUACGACGCGCUGUGGGCACUCACCAGCCAAGCAACUUUUCGAUUGCUUGGUUGGCGCCUGAGCUACUACGCGGUGAGCCGCGAAGCGAACAAUCGGACGUGUACGCUCUCGGUGUUCUACUGACGGAGCUCGACACGUGUGAGCUGCCGUUCGCAUCGGGCGUGGACAUGGACGACGGAGUGGACGAGCAGAGUCAACUUGCGUUGCUGGUGAGCUCUGGUUCCAUCCGUCCGGCAAUGUCAAUGGACUGCCCCGUGCAGAUCCAGGAGCUCGCGAUGCGCUGUCUAAGCUUCUCGCCAAGCCAACGCCCGCCGGCAAUUGAAGUGCAGCACACGCUACGGAAGCUCAUCAACGGCACCAGUAUCUGCGAGUCGUCUCUGGCUUCGCUCCCGUCCAACGUUUCCUCUCUUCGCAGCACACCUGGACCUGGCACAACAACACUGAAUACCUUGUUCACGCCCUAG